GCGGCGGCGGCGGCGGUUGCAUGAGGUCGGAGCGGGAGGCCGGGCCGGGGCUGGCGCGCGGGGGCGGCGGGGAGAAGCGGCCCAUGGAGACCCUGCUCCGGCGGGAGUCACCGCGCCGGGAGCCCGAGACCCCCCCGCCGCCCCCGGGGCCGCCCCCGCCGCCUCACCCGGCGCUGGGCAGGCAGCGGGAGGAGAAGAGAGCGGCGCUGAGCAAGAUAGUUAUUCGCCGGCUUCCUCCUAGUCUAACCAAGGAGCAACUGGAAGAGCAGCUACAUCCGCUACCUGCCCAUGAUUAUUUUGAAUUUUGCACUGCUGAUCCCAGUCUUUAUCCUCAUCUCUACUCAAGAGCAUACAUUAAUUUUAGAAAUCCUGAUGACAUCCUUCUUUUUAGAGAUCGCUUUGAUGGCUAUGUCUUCAUUGAUAAUAAAGGUUUGGAAUAUCCUGCUGUGGUAGAAUUUGCUCCAUUCCAAAAGAUUUCAAAAAAGAAGCUAAAGAAAAAAGAUGCAAAAGCUGGGAGCAUUGAGGAUGAUCCAGAAUAUAGGAAAUUUUUAGAAAGUUACUGUGCUGAUGAAGAGAAAAUCUGUGCUAAUCCUGAGACUCUGUUGGGAGAGAUUGAGGCAAAAACAAGGGAACUUAUUGCUAGAAGAACAACACCUCUUUUGGAAUAUAUUAAAAAUAGAAAAUUAGAAAAGCAGAGGAUACGUGAAGAAAAAAGGGAAGAACGAAGGAGGAGAGAAUUAGAAAAGAAACGUCUGCGAGAGGAAGAGAAAAGAAAGCGCAGAGAAGAAGAAAGACGUAAAAGAAAAGAAGCAGAGAAGCAAAAGAAAAUUGCUGAAAAAGAAAUAAGGAUCAAGCUUCUUAAAAAGCCUGAAAAGGGAGAUGACCUGGCCAGUGAAACGAAUAAGGAAAAAGGAGAAGAAGCUGAUAUUGAAGAAAGCAAAUGGGAAAAAUCACCUGGAUCCGGGAGUAUAAAAUCCAAGCCAUUGGAGGGCUCACCAAAGGAACUUAAGGAAAAGUCACAGAAUGAUAGUGAUAAAGAGCAAAUGGAUUUGGAGAGAAGAUUUCGAGAAAAAGACCUUGAAAGACCAAGAUAUCGGUUGGAUGAUGGCAGAAAGCAUAGAGCUCACUAUGAAUUUGACAAGUUUGUGAGAAGGAAUGAAGAAGAGCUGAAAUGGGGGAAAGGAUACAGCCAAGACAGAGGGAAGAAAGGGAACCACAACUACAGCUUCACUGUGGAGGCCGUAGACAAACUGGGUAAAGAGGACAAGUGUGAUGACAUGGCAUCCAAAAAGGAGCGCAUAAGAAAUAAGGAUCGUCCAGCCAUGCAGUUAUACCAGCCAGGAGCUCGCAUUCGAACACAUACGGGAUCUACAAGUAAGAUCUAUGACUGCAGUGGGAAGUCCUCUGAAGAUGCCUGCGAUAGAAAGUAUGAGGUAGAUAAUUCAACUGGAGGUGGUUCUGAGAAGAGUGAAGAGGCAGAAUGAAACAUCAGGGGUAGAAAACUUGUGAAAAAAAUGAAUUUAAGAUUUAAUUUCUGCACAAAAUAUAUUAGGCCACUUCAGAAUUCCACAGAUUGGACCAACAAAAUUAUAAUACAUCUGCCUCUUUCUUUCUUUCUUUCUUUCUUUAAAAUGAAGAAAAUGGUGAUCGGAGGCAGAUAAAAUAUCGCAUAAAGGAAAUUCAGUUGCUUUUUUACAAAAAAUAGAAGCAAGCACUGUUUGACUAGUUUAGUAGUGGUUCAGUAUUUUCGUAAAUUUACCUUUUAGCUAGAAAACCUCUAUUAGUUUUAAGCUAGUAUUUAUAUAAAACUUGUCAGAAAAUAUUUCACUUAGUCUAGCCUGUUAAAUUGAUAGAAAUAAAGAAAUGUGUAUUUUCAUCAGUUUGAUAUAUCGGGCACUUUAAAUGUGUUUUGUGAAUGGCAUUAACUACAUAGGACCCAAUCCUGCAAACACCAUUAGGCAUAAUGCUUACUACAGAGAGUAGUACUAUUGAAGUCAAAGGGACUACACCCAGCAAAAGCACUGUUGCCAGUAGUGUUUACAGGAUCAGGCCCAUAGUUUGCAAAUGUUCAUUGUUAUCCAUACCUCAUUGUGUUUACAUUGUUUUUCAAUUAAUUAUAGUGUCAGGUAAGUGUGAGUAAAAGCUACUAUAUGUUAUAAAAUUGGUUAUUCUCUUAACCACUUUUGCCUUUUAUGUUCUAAUAUAUUCCUGUGUUUAAAACAGAAAAAGCUAAUGCAAACCUCAGCACUUAAAUACUGUAUCUGGUUUAACUAAAAUUGCGGUUUUUGUUUGUUUGUUUGUUUGUUUGUUUUUGUUUUGGUACUGACUUUUAAAAAAGUGAUUGUACAGUUUGUACAUGUACAGAUUGUACAUGACUUUUUAUAUGUUAAAUGUUUCACAUAGGUUGCAUUUGCAGGAUUUGGAACAUGUAUGAUAUAUAUGUUAUAAAAUAUAAUUUGUUUGAAAAAAAAAUACACACACAGUAGCUCCAGCAUUUCAUUUUGGAGACCUAGACCAAAUUCCACCCUCUGAUGCAUGCUUAUGGCUCCCAAUGUCUUCAGAGACAGCUACAUGUCCAUCCAAGGGCAAAAUAUGGCUCUUUAAUAGUUGUCUUUUACGACUGAUGCACUUUUCAGUUAUCUGAAACUAAGAUCUGUUUUGUCAGUGAAGUUAAAUAUUAAGAUGUUUGUUUAUUUUUGACAUUCUACUUUGAACAGUUUGUUAUUAAGUGUAACAUCUGAUUGUUCUAAACUCAAAAAAAAUUCAUUGUAUUUUCCCAGACAUUAAACAUUAAAUAUAAUAAAAAGUAAAAACAUUUUGA